AACUGUAUAGUGACAAUAAAGGCAUUCUAUUCUAUUCUAUUCUAUACAGCAAGUUUUUAAUGGGCACAUCCCACAUACUCAACUCUGCUUCUCAACCCACAAAUGCACUUUCUUAAAAAUGUGGUACAUUGUUACAACAGUGACAUACUUGACCAAAUACAAAUUUCCCUACUUUUUAAACAAACUUUAUAUAUAACUACUAGAUAAAACACUUUUCAAUGUGAAUUAUUUACAUUAAGUCCAUAUUCUGGGACGUCAUUUAAACAAGUUUUGAUAAAAGUCUGCCAGAUGCAGUUAUUUCUCCUGGUCCCACAGAUUUUACUGUGGGGCCAAGCUUUUUUGACUAUGUGAUUAUUGUAUGCUGUUUUUAUUUCAGGGGUCAAGGUACUAGCUUUAUCACUGCAUGAGAUAUCCUUCAAAUUGGGCCAGAAUAUUUAGGCUAAAAGUGACAAAAGUAGUCAUAUUUCACAUUUAGCCACAUGUUUAUGAAAAAUGUUGAUUAUUAAGAACUAUUUGUUCUUCUCACAUAAACUGUUGGCUGCUCAAGAUGAACUUGGAUCCCACACCUGUCCCCUACCUGUAUCUAUCAAUGAUUAACAUCUUUAGUCAGACAGGAAGUGUUCGGGUCAACACGGAAAGGAUAGGAGAGGCCUGGAAGUCUUUCUACAUAAAACUACAGCUUCUGGAAGCCAUUAAAAAUGAGCUGUGGCUCUUCCUCAUCCCAGCCGGCCUGGCUGUCAUUUUACUUGGUUUGUUUCUGGAAGAGGUUGGCUUCUUCUUGCGCAAUAUUUCCUCAUUCAGACGUCGAUAUCUCUACCUUUGGAUAUUAGGAAUGUAUCCGGUGUUUGCCUUCAUGUCUCUGAUAGCGCUGUAUGUGCCCCGUUCCUCCUCUCUUUGUAACUUCAUUGCUUCUCUGUAUCACUCUAUCACCUUGUUGAAAUUCAUGGGACUGAUCACAGACUUCUUUGGAGGGAAAGUGCGUAUGCUGGCUACGUUGUCUGGACAGCAGGUAACUCCAGAUCCUUUUCCCUGCUGCUGCUGCUGCUGCCUCCCAAUGGUGACCAUCAACAGCGGCAGCCGGGCCUGGAUGAUGGCUGCUGUCCUGCAGCUCUCUGUGGUCCGCAGCAUCUUGUUCUUUGUGACUUUGGUGCUGUGGACAGAUGAACAGUAUGACUAUGGUGAUGUGGAUUCAGUUGACCCCAACUUGUAUGUGAACAGCAUCAUAGGUGUGUCAACUUUCGUGUCCUUUUAUGGCCACCUAUUGUUUUACAAAGCAACAAAGAGUGCGUUACAUGGCUAUGGACUGAGAGCCAAGUUCAUCUGUAUCAUCCUGGUGCUGGUCCUGUGUGGCCUGCAGAGUGGCAUCUUAGAGACUAUGGGGGCUCUGGAGGUUAUCCCCUGCACACCACCUUUUUCUGUCUUGGCCCGGUCUCAGUUGAUCUACCACUACAGUGUGAUUGUGGAGAUGUUUUGCAUUGGCCUGUAUGCCCGCCACACAUUCCGUAAGGUGGAGCCGAGUGAAAUGGAGACGGAGGAGCUGCUUGAUGUAUGGAGAAUGGAAAAGGCUGUCCAAACGGAAGAAAUUCAGGCGAUGCAUCACAAAGCCAGCGUGCUAUCAGAGGAGGCUCGGCCUGGUGGAUGUCUCAUCAACGCCUCCUAUAGUCCCAGUUACAACAGUGACAGCGAAGACAGCCUGUGCAGGAUAGAGCAUGCACCUCUGGAUGGUUUCCACUUUCCUCAGGCGAACGGUCAGCACUCAAAGAGUUCAGAGACAGUGGAGCCCAGGUGUGUGGAUGAGCCCGGCGUAGCUCUGACACACAUUACUGUCAGGGCUGAUGUAAAUGACCAGGAUUCGAAAGAUGUCACUGUGGUUUGACCAGUGGGAUAGAAAACUUCAUAAGAUUAAGCUUGACUGCUGAAGAUGCUAAAACUAGCCAGGAAAGGGCACUUUGAGCAAAAUAUACUGCUAAACACUUCAAUUAUACAUCAGAUCCUGAUGAGCAAAAUAUCCAAUUUAAACUUUGCUGAAGAAUGUAACAAGUGACAUAACAUCAGUCAGUGGAAACCGAAAUCAUUAAGCCCUUGAGGGCUGGAUUCAAGAUCAGGUGAAAAAUAAAAAAAAUAUUCCCUUAAUUUGAUGAUAUUUUGCAACAUAUUAUUGGAUAUUCACAGCAAAUAUUCCGACUAUUCUUUAAACAUUGCGCCUCACCCCAAACUGCUCUCAAAUGGUUAUGAAGUGCUAGUUUUACCUUACGCACACUUUGCACUGCCCUUCCUUUUGUUCUACACAUAACAUUUUGAUCAUUUUAGUCAUUUUUGGCUUUGCAUGCUUAUUCUGUUUCUGCAGUACUGUCUAAGCAUGAUACCAAGUAGUUUGCAGCUUUUUCCAAUUUCUUGAAUAAUGGUUACUGGCAAACAGUUCGUAGGUACAUUACCACCACACUGCAUUACUAAUGCAUAACAUCCUACCAGCCUAAACAGCCACAUCAACUAUUUACUUGAAGUUCAUGACUA